CGCCCUCACCAGGAGGGGGUUGGGUCUCAACCCUGGCUCUGGCCUCUCUGACUUCGUUUUCCUCUUCACAGUCCCCUUGGGGUGGCCUUGAUGAGUGCCCUGAUCCUCGGUCAGCUCUUUGUGGCUAUCUAUAGCUUGUCCCGCGGGGAGAUCUACUACGACCCACACUACGCUGUGUUUGCAGUAUUUGCCUUCACCUCGGUGGUGGACCUCCUUAUCGCUCUCCAGGAAGAUGGCUACAUGGUGGGCUUCGUGGAGUUCUACACCAAGGAGGGUGAGCCAUACCUACGCACUGCACACGGAGUCUUCAUCUGCUACUGGAAUGGCAUCGUUCACUACCUCCUUUACCUGGCCAUGGCUGGUGCCAUCCACAGAAGGAAGAGGUACCGGAACCUUGGACUGUAUUGGCUCGGGUCCUUCGUCAUGAGCAUCCUGGUGUUUCUCCCAGGAAACAUCCUUGGUAAGUACUUGGCUUUGAGGAAUCCUACCUCCCUGAUCUGGAACGAGGGGUGUGAGCCCUGUCUGGGAGGAUGGGGAAAGCUUUUGGUGGGAGGGAUAUUUGAGGUGGGUUGUUGGUUUGUCUGUUGGCCGCAGGUGGUGCUUGACUGCCCCACAGAUGCCUGCUUUGUCUAUAUUUAUCAGUACGAACCAUACCUACGGGACCCUGUGGCCUACCCAAAGGUGCAGAUGCUGGUGUAUAUGUUCUAUGCAUUGCCCUUCUAUGGCCUGGCUGCCUAUGCCCUUAUCUUCCCUGGAUGUUCCUGGCUACCUGAUUGGGCCUUGGUGUUUGCUGGAGCCAUUGGCCAGGCGCAGUUCUCACACAUGGGUGCCUCCAUGCACCUGCGCACACCCUUCACCUACCGUGUGCCGGAGGAUGCCUGGGCCUGCUUCUUCGUGUGCAACAUGCUGUAUGCCCUGGGCCCGCACCUGCUGGCCUACCGCUGCCUGCUGAGGCCAGCCUUCUUCCAGCGCCUGCCACCCAGCUCCCAAGUCCUCCACGAGAAGCAGCACUGAGGGGGCCUGUGGGACGCCCCAGGACUCCUUUAACACACCCAGCGGGCCCUGCCCCAGAAGGAUGGGUUGGGUUUUUUGGAGGCAGGAGGUACACCCAUGGUGUCUUUGUUUCUGGCUCUGAUGGCUUCAAGGCCAGCUGGUGGGUUGGGAACCCAAAGGCCGGGUGUUCAGGCAGAGAGGGCCACAGCCACACUCAGCUGUCACUGCUCCCCAACCUCUGUGGGUUCUUCUCCUUUGCCAAGUUUAUCCUUUACCCCCAGGGAUCCUUUUGCUAAAAGCCCUUCUGAUGCCUAAAAUGUUGCUGCCUGAGUGAUUCAGGGGGCAGGGGUGAGGGACUGUCUUUUCAAACCCCACAAAGGCCCACCAUCACUGCCAGUGUGACUGUCAGGGACAGAAGGUGCCAGACAGCAGAAGCCUGUCUCCGGUUGGUGCGCACAGCUCCACUUUCCAGGUGGGGAAAACAGACUUGGAGAGGAUCCGAACCUGCCUGGAGUCACAAUCAGGACAAGAGUCCGAAGCCCUAUUUCUGCUAAUAAAUUAUAAUGAAUACUGUGGCAUCGUUA